GCCUCAUUGGCAAGCGGCCUUGGCAGGUCGACCUGUGGGGCACGUCACGCUUCGGAGUCUUCCACUCGUAUCCCCCUCUCCUCUAGUGUGCCACCACGCUCUUCCUUUUCUCCUGCCUCAUUGAUGACUAUGCAGGUCAGCAAUUCUCCCUCUUCAUCAACGGCCACUGUUGCUGCUGCAGCAACACCAACAGUACGACUAUGA